GGGAGCGGUGGCGGCCAUUUUGAUCGGGCCCCGUGAGGGGCCGUGAGGGGCGGCCAUGGAGGCGCGGCGGCUGCGGGUGCAGGAGCUGCGGGACGAGCUGGGCCGCCGCGGCCUGGACACUCGCGGGCUCAAGGCCGAGCUGGCCGAGCGGUUGCAAGCGGCGCUGGACAGCGAAGGAGCUCGGCGGGGGGACGCGGUGGGCGCUGAGGACCGAUACGGCCUCGACAACCAUAGCCAUGAGCCUCAGGGUGGCUACCAGGAGCCUCAGGGUGGCUACCAGAGCCACCAGGGCCAGGAGCCCCAGGGCUACCAGGGCCACCAAGGCCAGGACCAUCAGGGCCACCAGGAGCCCCAGGGCUACCAACCCUACGAGGGUCACGAGCCCGAAGCCGAGCCGGGCUACGAGAGGGGAGCCCUGGACCAGGAGCCCCCUGGGCUGCCCCCAGGUGGGGUUGGGGGGCUCUGGGGGGGCAUUUUGGGGGUCCCNAUUUGGGGGCUGGACGAGCGGCUCCGGGUGCGCGUGGCCGAUUUCGGGCUCUCCAAGCAGGUGGGCGGCUCCCAGUAUUACCGGCAGGGCCGCGGGGCGCCCGUGCCCGUCAAGUGGGUGGCCCUGGAGAGCCUGGCCGAGCGCGUCUACACCACCAAGAGUGACGUGGCGCUGUCCCCGCGCACCCUGCUGGGAUUCAUGGCCGACAUCGCGGCCGGGAUGAGCUACCUGAGCCAGAGGAACUUCGUGCACCGGGACCUGGCGGCGCGGAACUGCAUGAGCCGGAAGCGUCCGUUCGAGGAUCGGGGCAGGGGCUACUACGAGCACCGCGAGGAGAAAAGGGGCCGCUCCCCGCAGCCGCCGGCCGAGGAGGAGGAGGAGGAUUUCGACGACUCCCUGGUGGCCGUGGACACCUAUAACUGUGACCUGCACUUCAAGGUGGCGCGGGACAGGUACGGGGGGCACCCGCUGACCAUCGAGGGCUUCGCCUACCUGUGGUCAGGGGCCAGGGCCACCUACGGUGUGCGGCAGGGCCGCGUCUGCUUCGAGAUGAAGGUGAUGGAGGAGAUCUCGGUGCAGCACCUGCCAUCCUCAGAGCCCGACCCCCACGUGGUGAGAGUGGGCUGGUCCCUGGACUCGUGCAGCACCCAGCUGGGGGAGGAGCCCUUCUCCUACGGCUACGGCGGCACCGGCCGCAAGUCCACCGACGCCAAAUUCCAGAGCUACGGAGAGACCUUCGGAGAGAGUGACGUCAUCGCCUGCCUGGCGGAUUUCGAGGCGGGCGAGGAGGUGGAGCUGUCGUUCCUCAAGAACGGGCGCUGGCAGGGCGUGGCGUUCCGCGUGCGCAAGGACGCGCUGGCCGGCCGGCCGCUCUUCCCGCACGUGCUGGUCAAGAACUGCGCCGUGGAGUUCAACUUCGGCCAGCGGCCAGAGCCCCUGCGGCCACUGCCCCCCGGCUUCACCCUCAUCCAGCACCUGCCCCUCGGACAGCGCCUGCGCGGCACCCGCGGGCCCAGCAGCAAGGCCGAGUGCGAGAUGCUGAUGAUGGUGGGGCUCCCGGCGGCGGGGAAGACAACGUGGGCGGUGAAACACGCGGCCGCCAACCCCGGCAAGAAGUACAACAUCCUGGGGACAAACGCCAUCAUGGACAAGAUGAGGGUGAUGGGGCUGCGGCGGCAGCGGAACUACGCGGGGCGCUGGGACGUGCUGAUCCAGCAGGCGACGCAGUGCCUGAACCGCCUGAUCCAGAUCGCCAGCCCCCCGGGCUGGCAGCAGUUCUACCCCCAGGGCCCCCCCUGGCCCCCCUUCUUCGGCUCCUUCGACUCCGGCGGCUCCCACCAGGUGGACGAGAACCCGGAUCUGGACAACCUGGACAUCGUUUCCCGGGAUUUGGAGGAUCGAUAUUUCGAUGAGGAAGAGCCCAGCGAGGCCCCUCAGCUGGACUAG